AUGCGUGUGUCGAUACGCAUACAACCUCUCAAGCAGGACUCUUCCAGUCACUAUAGAGACCAAAGGCCAUUAUCAGCAAGACGUGAAGUGCAUCGAUCAAGGUCUCGACGGUCAAAAGUGGAAGAACGAGUUGUGAAAAAGCGAUCGAAAGAAAGGGAACCUCCUUCAAGGCAAUGUUCACCAAUUUACCGGUCAACGCCAACAUCAAUGGACAGAAAUACUGGAAAUAUGUCCAAAUAUGUCUAUUUUUCGCAAGCACAACCCCAUUCAGAUUAUAGAAGAUUGCGGAAUGAGGAAGAGAGAAUUUUGUUUCCCUCACGCUCCUUGAAUUACAUAAAUGUUGAGGUGGAUUGUACGCCUUCUAUUUCGUCAUCUAGUACUUCUUCCCUUACAUCUAAUUUUGAUGUCUCUAACUUUAGCACUGUUAAAGGAGAAACCUUUAAUGACCUUUAUCAGCAACCAAUUGAGAAUGAGAGAGUGAUCAGGGUGAAACCAAAGCUUCCGAGAGUAGUGGUGGAAAUGAAACAUCCUCAAGGAAGGCGAAGGCGUCGACAUAGUAGUCAACCCAAGCUCCAUGUGGCCGAGAAGCAAUACCCCAAGCCAAAAUUACGGAGCUCUUCAAGGCCACGAUUGGAGCGUAAACGAGCGUCUUCUUCUAGCUCCGAGGAAAAUAUUAUCCGCGUCGUUCAUGAAAUCCACGAGAGGCCAAACUUCCGGGACAUAAAAAAACGAGUCUGGAAAAAACCAGUCAUAAGAAAUAAGAAGCGUGUUUUACAGUCGUGGAAUCUUAGUAAAUAA